UGCUCGACGCUCCACCCAACUCCAACCGAUCGCGACUCCGACCACAACAGCCUCUGGGACAGACCACAACACCCAUCAAUCGCUCCCUGCACACCACUCUAUCUCAUUAAUUCAACUGGUCUUAUCAUUCUGUUAGUGGCAAGGCUGACCAGCCUUGCAGAAAGUUUUCGGCCCACCCACAUGUGUGGGAGGACGACGCGCCGCCAGGAUGGUUCUAUUCAAACGAAAGCCGGUGCAGUUUCUAACAGUACCGGAAAUUGCAAAUGACGAUGCGGAGGUUUGGCACAUCCCCCAGACGGGGGAGAUCUUCACCACGUACGACGAGUAUCUCUAUAGACUCGACUUUUAUAAGCAACGCCGAUUCAUCUGCCAAAUAAGUGGCCAUUCUGGCCUCACUUUCUUCGAAGCCCUUCAAAGCGAACUUGCUGGCGCCGCCGAAGUUGAACAGGCUUUCCCCGAGCCCCUGAAGGGUCCAAUCCUUCGAAAGGUGCAGUUUCAAACUGUCUCCCGCAUCGAUGCCCUGGUCGACCAAAUAUACGAGGAAUUCAAGAACGACUACUAUCCUGGGGAGGCCGUCAUAGUCGAGGUUGACGGGCGCGAACGGCAGCACGGCGUGGUUCGAGACAAGACGAGAUUCGGCAGCAAGGUCCUCCCUGAUGGCACCCUAACUCCACCAUACUCGCGGUAUUUUGUCAGCGUGGACGGGCAGGCCGAAAAGGAGGCUGUUGUUGACGACUCACACAUCCUCCGCGAUAGGAAAGCGUUCACGAAACUGGUCCUGCGGUCCUUCAUCAAAAAGACAGUGACAAGGGAGGCUUGGAAUGGUGCGCCGUGGCUGGUCAAGCAUGACGUUGCUUUACAACACAACAUCGAUACCCGGAUCCCUCCGCAUUUGCUAUACAACAACAAACUGCUAGAGAGGAAGCAACUACAGGUGCAGAAACGGUUGUCACAGGGAGACGCCAAUGGCCUGUCUAGUUCCUUGAAUGGGUCUGGGCCCGUACGACUGCCCGAGCUGAAGCCGGCUCCGAAGAGCCAUAAGUCCCAGAAGCACCUGAACCAACAACAUCAAGGGCCCGGCGCUGGACCCAAGGGCAGGCAAGGCGGAUUUGCCAACCCGGAACCUGGCCAGUUUGUCCAUCUUCCCUUACCCGGAAACCCGUUCCAGUUCCCCAUCUCCCUGCGCGACCAGAACGUCUCUCCGAUCUAUGCGCAACAAGAACCGCCCCCGCCUCCGCCACCACCGAAAUACCCUAUCGAGGAUCUCCAGCUGGAACCGCGUGGCCGUGUCCGACCGAAGUUGAAGUACAUGUGUAGGGACCCACCAGUGGCGAUCGAAGACAAGGCCCCGCUCGGCGACAAGGUCUUGAUGAAGUCUGUCGGGCCCUUGUUGGAGACCUGGGACACCUUGAAUGUCUACUGCGAGAUUUUCACGCUAGACUCGUUCACGUUUGACGAUUUUGUGGAGGCCAUGCUAGUUGCCUCGGAGGACGUGCCGUGUCAACUUUUCGACGAGAUCCACUGCGCCGUGCUCAAGAUUUUGGUGAGCUCCGAGUCAGAAGGCGGAAAGGUGCAAAUCCAGCUGCCGGAACUUGACGAAGAUGAGGACGAGGAUGAGGAUGAGGAUGACGAGGAGGCGGAUACGAGCACAGCCACAUCCCCUGACCCGCAACCUCAACCCUCGGGUCGAGCGACGAGAAGUAGCCUUGCGAAGCAGGAGGCCGAAAGGUUAGCAGCGGAAGCCGCAGCUGCUGAGAAGGAGUUACAGGAUGUCGAGGAGACCCCGAAGCAUCGCGCCGAAGAUCUCCUUGCCGGCUAUGACUGGAUCGAGCAUCUCAGACAGCGAGACUUCCAAGAUGGUGGUUGGGAAAUGAUCAUGGUCGGGCUAUUGCACCAACUGUCCAAGAACGAGCGACACAAGGCCAGCUGCGACGAGCUCCUGGAGCAGCUGGUUCCACGGGAUGUCGAGCCGGUUCAGGAGACAGUGCGUCAGCACUACGCCAGCCUUGAUGUCAACUACCGCGUGCAAGCCCUACAGAUUAUCUGCAUGCUAACUGCAGAGACCAAAUCCAUCCGUGGAUAUAUGGAGGACUGCAGUGAGCAGAUGACAUCAUACAGGAAGGAGAAGAUUGAGUGGCAGAGAACGAGAAAGCAAGCACUCGAGGACUUGAGAGCAUUGAAUGACCAGCGCAAGAUACUCUUGCCCGAGAAUCUCCCUCCCAGUCCUCCACAGGAAGCUGCUAAGCUCAACGGCGACGUCAAAAUGUCCGACGUUGACGACCUGCCUGCGUCGGACGAAGUGGCGGACACUGACGACGAUGUUCACACGGGCCGAUCCCUUCGACGUGGCCAAGACCGUGCCGCCGAACGGAAGCGCAAGCUGGAGAAGCAACAGGAGAAGAAAGAAAAGGCCGAGGCGGCUGCCAAGGUGCCAAAACAGUCAAAGCAAUUCAUCAAGGUGCUCAAGGACAUACAGAAGAAGGAAGAGGAGAUCAAGAAAUGCGAGGACGAGAUCGCUGUCAUCGACAACGACCUCCGGGAAGCCGACUGCCCACGAACACGCGUGCUGGGCAAGGACCGUUUUUGGAAUCGCUACUAUUGGUUUGAGCGCAACGGUAUGCCAUACGGCGGUCUGCCUGACAGCUCAACAGCCGAGGCAGAUUACGCAAAUGGUUGCAUUUGGGUUCAGGGACCGGACGAGAUGGAGCGCGAGGGAUAUAUCGACAUGAUCCCCGAGUACCAAGACGAGUACAAGGCCAAGUUCGACAUGACGGUGCCGGAACGCAAGGCCCGUGAGGAGGGUCCGACCCACGUCUUCAACGCACUGCAGUGGGGCUACAUCUCGGAACCGGAAGACCUAGACGGCCUGAUUGACUGGCUUGACCCUCGGGGUUUCAACGAACUCAAGCUGCGUAAGGAGAUUGUGAAUUACAGGGAGAAGAUGGUGAAGAACAUGGAGAACCGGAAGAGAUACCUCAACCCCCCGGCGGAGGAGAAGAAGGAAGAGACUACCAAGCGCAUGAGUACUCGUGGCCGGUCCACCGCGAUGACGCCGGAACCGCCGUCGUACCGCUGCCUGAAGUGGCAGAACACUACGGCCCUGGAGGAGCUGGGCCACCUGCACAGCGAGCAGCCGCCGCCGACGACGAGAUCGCGCAAGCCGUCCAACAAAAGGAAAGAGGCGACAGCCGAGGCGGCAGCCGCGCCGGUCACGACCAGGUCCAAGAAGCCGCCGGCCCGCCAGGGCAGGUAAUAUGUUUUCUAGGGCUUGGUCGCUGAAGUCCCUGGUCUUUGUUUUGCUGCCGCGUUCUGGCGGCCUCAACGGAUUUUCGGGCAUUUGAUUUGCAUCCGUCGCCACUCAUCUCACUUCGGGUUUUUAUACGAAGCCCCCAUAACCAUUUGGAAGAUGAAGAAGGCCUAACGGGUAGGUGUGGUGCGUUUUGGUCUCUGGGCCGGUUGAAGGGGGAUUCUAGGCGUUCCGGGGAUGUCACGGA